AUGCCUGUUCGUUCUCUUCCUCCAAACAAAAAGCGGAAAACAGAAAAGGAUGGAUUGAGCUUCGAGGUGUCUUCUCGCAGACUAGAAGCUCAGCUAACCUCUGCUGUUGCAAGUAAUGCUUCCCUGAACCCUUUGGCCGACUUAUUAGACCUGGCCAAUACUGCGUCCGAUGCACAGGACUUGUCUAAAGUGAUAUACAGUCUGUACAGAGUUUUUGUGACCAUAAUACAGAGCGGCAAGCUUGAUCGUGGUGGCGACGAAGCCUCGAAGGUCGUGCGCAAGUGGAUAUGGGAGAGGCUAGACAGUUAUGUGGAUCUCUUGGUGGGCUUGUUGCAAGAUGAAGAAAUUUUUUUAAGAAAAUCAUCUCUCGAGAUUUUGUUCUCUUUGCUCAAGCAUCUGUCGACCUCUCAAACACAAUCAUCGUCCCCACCUCAACCACAGUUCCACACUUCGCAUUUUAAGAAAAUUGUUCGAGGAAUAUUAUUGUGUCCUCCCUCUCCCCGUCCAAGCGUGAAGUCAUUGUACGAAGGCAGAACUUUAUCCGACGUCAGAGACACAUUUAUCGACACAUGGCUCAGUGUAUACGAUGACGUGCGGUGGUGUUUUUUAAGGGAGGCAACCACUAUCCUCGCACAAACUACAGUUGCUUCGCAUCCGCAUUUACCAACCAACCUCCUUGCGAUUUUGGAGCAAUUGACCACAUUUCCUACAGAUCCUUCAGAACUGAACUCAUGGUGGGUUCAGGAGCUUGGUGCAAAACCACCAAAGCCAAAAGCCAGAAAUACUAGUGGAGAUGUAGUCGAAGAGGAUGAAGAUAUGUCGUCAAACGAAGAUGAUGCCGAUGACUGGCGGAAAUUUUUCGAUGAAGAUGCCAAUGCUAAGAACUCUGGUCCGAUAGGAAUAAAGGGCAGGAUGCAUCAGCUAACUUUCCACCAAUCUCUUCAUUCCCUCCAAGCUCAUCGCGCCGUCUUCACUCGUACAUGGCUGUCAUUUCUUCCGUUCUUGUCUUCCGAGUCUACAGAAUCUUAUAAGGCAUUAACUACCCGGGCGUUGAACAUAAUGCAUCGAGGAGUGCUCCCACAUCUGACUCGGCCUGUACUUGUUAUGGAUUGGGUUGGUGCUUGCGUUGACUUUGGCGGUGCCGUUGGUUUACUCGCUCUCAACGCUCUUUUUAUUCUAAUGAAAGAGUACAAUCUUGACUACCCAUCAUUUUACACCCGCCUCUAUGCAUUUCUAGACAGAGAUGUCCUUCAUUUAAAACAUCGUGCGAGGUUUUUCCGCAUGACAGAUCUAUUCCUUAGCUCCACGCAUCUUCCUGCAACGUUAUUGGCAUCUUUCAUCAAACGAUUAGCCCGUCUCUCACUUAGCGCCCCGCCAGCUGCGAUCAUCAUGCUCAUACCGUUUACUUAUAACAUACUCAAACGGCACCCGGCACUCAUGGUAAUGAUACAUCGCCCCGAAGAUGAUGAAAGUUCCGAGCAUGACGUCUUCAAGGCCGAUGAAGUCAAUCCUAAUGUCACUAAUGCUUUGGAAUCUUCGUUGUGGGAGCUGUACUCGCACAAACGUCACUACGAUACCGCCGUCUCUACACUUGCUCGUGUCUUUGAAGAGGCGUUCACAAAACCUGGAUAUUCCAUGGAGGAUUUCUUGGACCACACGUAUGGCACGUUGAUUGAGACGGAAGUCAAACGGAGAAUUAGAAGGGAACCUCCUUUAGCUAUGGAGCUCAGGGCCAAUCAAUUUCCUAAUGGUGAAGAGGAAGCUUCGGGCGAACAGGUCGAUGUUGUAAGUGAGAUGUGGACUUUUGGAUGAGAUGUGGUCUGUUUCUCCCUGACUAAAAGUAUGAAGGCGUACAAAAAUGUUGUCUAUUAAAUUGUUUCGUAUACUACUUGAUACCAGCAGUAUGUAAAUCAAGU